GUAGUGCUUGUUGGGACUGUCGUUGUGGAAGUGGAUGGCACAGUUGUGGUGGUUGUUGGUACCGUUGUGGUAGAAGUACUUGGAACAGUCGUAGUGCUUGUUGCGACUGUCGUUGUGGAAGUGGAUGGCACAGUUGUGGUGCUCGUUGGAACAGUCGUAGUACUUGUUGGAACUGUCGUUGUGGAAGUGGUUGGGACCGUUGUGGUGCUUGUUGGAACAGUCGUAGUGCUUGUUGGGACUGUCGUGGUGGAAGUUGUUGGCACAGUCGUCGUGCUUGUUUGUACGGUUGUUGUAGAAGUGCUUGGAACAGUUGUAGUGCUUGUUGGGACUGUCGUUAUGGGAAUUGUUGUCGUCGUCGACGUUGGCAUAGUUGUCGUUGUAGAUGUUACUGUUGUUGGCUCGAUAAUCGUUUCCACUUAA